AUCUCUUUAUGAAGAGCUUUUUUUUUUUUUUUUUUAAAUACUAGUGUGUCUUCUCUUUAUAAACAAACAUCACUCUUUUAUUUCAUUCAUUCAUCUGACCUCCACACAAAAAAAAAAAAAAAAUGAACAACUUCAUUAGCUCUCUCGAACUCACAUCUCUUACACUUGAAGACCCAUGGCCUGCUUUCUAGCCUAAAUUUCCUCGAGAAAACAAGCAAAAAAACACAAGAAAGCUAGAAUCUUAUUUUCUUCUUGGUCUUUCUUGGUUUCUUCAACUUUUUCUUAAAAACGUUUUCAAAAAUCAUGGGUACCGGAGAAAAAACCCUGAAGAGCUUCCAGUUACAUCGCAAACAAUCAGUCAAAGUCAAAGAUGUUCCAAAAGGGUGUUUAGCGAUCAAAGUGGGAUCACAAGGAGAAGAGCAACAUAGAUUUAUUGUUCCUGUUUUGUAUUUUAACCAUCCAUUGUUCAUGCAGCUCCUGAAAGAAGCAGAAGACGAGUAUGGAUUCGAUCAAAAGGGCACCAUCACAAUUCCUUGUCACGUGGAGGAGUUUCGUUACGUUCAAGCUUUGAUUGAUGGAGAGAGAUCGGUUUAUAAUGGUAACAACAAUCAUCAUAGACAUGGUGGCCGUGACCAGUAUCAUCAUCUUGUUGGAUGCUUCAGAGCUUGAUGAAUGAUGAUGAAAAUGAUGAGUAGUGAUUGUAUGUGUUCAAAUUUUAAUGUUUUUAUGGUUUAAUCUUGUGGAGUUGUGGAGCCAAAACUGGCCUAACCCACAAAAGAAGUGAAUCUUCUAAAUUUUAUCGAUUUGUAGUAUCAUUUUCUGUAGUUUUUAUGGAAUUUCAAGAUUUAAAAGAGUUGUUGUUUCUGAUGCUUU